UGAUGCACGACAUGCACCACAAUUCACUCCGCUACAUCAAAAUGAGUUUCCAACACUAAGCCUUUGCUUCGGUAACUAGGACCCCCAUAAAAAAAGCAACGAUAAGUGUCCCUGGAAAAGACAGUGUAAGAGUAAUAUCCACAGUUGGUGCUUAUGAAGGCAAGUAAGUCAAGGGGAGUUGGUGGGGAGCUAUCUUGCAAUGGACCUUUUAAUUCACUUAAUCAGUUUUUUUUACAAAAUGGAGAACUUUUACCUUAAAACAUAUUAUAGUGACAUUUGUGUAGGUUCAGUUGCAUGUCGACUUGAGAAGAAGGAAGGUGGAGCUGUUCGUAUUUACAUAAUGACUUUGGGUGUUUUAGCUCCAUAUCGUGGUCUAGGAAUUGGUACAAAGCUGUUAAAUCAUGUGCUUGAUCUUUGUACAAAGCAGAAUAUCAAAGAUAUUUACUUGCAUGUACAGACAAGUAAUGAAGAUGCCAUUAACUUCUAUAAGAAAUUUGGCUUCGAGGUUACUGAUACCAUCCAAAACUAUUACACAAACAUUACCCCACUAGACUGUUAUGUCCUAACCAAGUUUCUCUCUCAAACAAAGAAAUGAUACGUGGGAGCUACCUCGGUUGAGAUUUCGUCGAGCCUCGACAUAGUUUUGAGGUUCUGAACCUUCUGGUUCUACUCUUUGUUAUUUAUGGGGUAAUAUACCACGAUUGUUGGACUGCCUCUCUUUUUUGUAUCAUCUUAAUGUGCAACAAGUGGUUUAAUUGUUAAAGAUAUAGGACAGUUCAUUUAAGGCAGAAUUUAGUUAUUGUUUGAGUCAUGAUUGACCCCUUUAAUGGUAUGUGUAUCUCCGCACAAAGCUUCAUAGAUAUAUCAUGCAAACAGAAGCAGUCGGUUUUUGCUUUAUAGUUGUACUUAAAAUCCUGUUUGAUGUAUGAGGCAGAAAGUUUUCCGCCGA